UCUAUGAGUAAAGGUAAAACAGGAAAAUACGGAACAAUCGUUUGAGGUGAACAAACAAUCUGGUUUAUUGGUAAAUAAUGAUACCCGUGAAAUCAUUAAGCAUGAAGAUAAAACUACAGUACUUGAUUUAAGUGUGACUGAUGAACAGCUAUGGCACAACAUAUUACAAAUCAUGUAUACUAAUCAAGCAUAUUCUCUAUGUUUGAAAAAUAUCGCAGACGCAGAAAAAUUUCAGAAACUUGAAGAUAUAAUUGUUUAUGCGAGUACAGUAUUAAAAAGUGUCAAUAAAUUAGAAUGUGACGAAAGAGAAUGGAUAAUUGCUUGCGCCAAACAAAUUUUAAAUGGCCAAAGUAUUGAUAAAGAUCAGUGUACACAAUUACCCUACAGUACAUAUCCUAGAUUUUCGGUGGUUCAAUAUGAACUGGAGGAAUCUAAACAGCAUGUGAAUAGGUUAAAAAUUAGAAUGGCUAUGUUGCGAAAAGAAAAAAGAGAUUUACUAAACAUAAUAAAAAGUUAUGAUAGUGAAAGAGUAAAUAAAUUAUCUUUAGAAAAACGUCUUCAAGCUGAACAAAUGAAAAAUGAUGAACUAAGGGCUAUAAUAUCUUCAGUCUAUGAUAAAAAAGUUCAAGCAGUUUUCUUAUAG